CAAGCGUGGCGAGGAAGACUGUAGUGAACGCGCACAGGAGGCUUGACGUCACUGAGGCGCCCUGGCUCUCCUGAGCCGCUGGUACUGCUGGCGAAAAGAUGGGAAAAUCAGAUAGACAUCUAUCGAGUAUUUAACGUAAAAUGACGGGUUUGCAGCCGAUUUCCGAUCGACAGAGGAUUCAGUAGUGGCACCGGUCUGAGCUCCACCAGACAACGAGAAAGAUUGGUGUCAUUAUUUGUAACACUGGAUAGCCCCUGUUGGAAGAGGAAAUCUGUCAGCAUUGUUUGCCCCAGAAAGUGGAGAGCAUCAGACCUCUAUUCUAUCAUGAACAUUGCACCCGUCAACUCCAGUUGAAGCAGGAUCACCACCUCAUAUUCACACAGCUGGUGACAGCCCCAAUCACAAAAUCGGCAAGAAUUUAUACAGAUACUUGGGGUCAUAAGUUUUGCUGUCAGCUCCAUUCUUCUAUUUAGCAGAAGAUGUACGGUAGUGCCCGCUCUGUUGGCAGAGGGGAUGCCAACCAUAGUGGUGGAAGAGAUGGAGGUGGCACCGGUAAUCAAGGAUCUGGCCGCUCCCCUCGCCUUCCCCGUUCUCCUCGGAUGGGACACCGUCGUACCAACAGCACUGGAGGCAGUGGAGGGGGUCCUGGUGGAGCAGGAGGCAAGACGCUUUCCAUGGAGAACAUCCAGUCCCUCAAUGCUGCGUACGCCACCUCAGGACCCAUGUACCUGAGUGACAAUGAGGUGGCCAUGGCAGGCGACCAUCUUCCCAAAACUGGUGGGACAGUGACGACCAUGGGGAGACAGAGGGUGACCUAUGGGUCAAGGGGUAGUAGCAGUGGAGUCGUGGCUGCUAGCACCCCCAACAUCUCCACCACAGUGCCAGCCAAUGCUGUGCUGCCAGCAGGCAUGAUGGCAGGUGAUGCUCUGGCUUUUGGGGACCACCACAUGGCCUCCACUGUGCCCCACUCUCUAAGGCAGGCCAGAGACAACACAAUACUGGACCUGCAGGCCCAACUGAAAGAGGUUCUGCGUGAGAAUGAGAUGCUGCGUCGAGAAGUGGAAGUUAAGGAGAGCAAGCUCAGCUCCUCCAUGAAUUCUAUCAAGACUUUCUGGAGCCCAGAACUGAAAAAGGAGCGAGCUCUCAGGAAAGAUGAGGUUUCUAAGAUCACUGUCUGGAAGGAACAGUACCGUGUGAUUCAAGAUGAAGCACAGCAUCUUCAGAUGACUGUUCAAGCUCUUCAAGAUGAGCUGAGGAUCCAGAGGGACUUGAACCAGCUGCUCCAGCAAGACCCCGCCAUCCAGGGCCGGGACCUGGCCCUAACAUCUGAACCCACGGAGGAGAACUACCGACGGUUACAGGCCGAGCACGAGAGGCAGGCCAAAGAGCUCUUCCUCCUCAGGAAGACCCUGGAGGAGAUGGAGCUGAGGAUCGACACACAGAAGCAAACCCUGGGAGCCAGAGACGAGUCCAUCAAGAAACUUCUGGAGAUGCUACAGAGCAAAGGGCCAUCUGCCAAAGCAUCAGAGGAGGACCAGGAGCGGACUAGGAGACUGGCUGAUGCAGAGAUGCACAGACAUCACCUUGAGAGUUUACUGGACCAGAGGGACAGAGAGAUCAAUGCACUAAGAGAGGAGCUGCAUCGUCGUUACGAGGGAACCCCUGAAUCCACCAAAACUAAGGCUUUACAGACUGUUAUCGACAUGAAGGAUGCAAAAAUCAAUUCAAUGGAGCGGGGCAUGAGAGACAUGGAGGAGGAGCUGCUAAUGCUGAAAUCCAAUGGACUCCUGAGCUGUGAGGAGCGUCAGGAGGAGAUGAAGCAGAUGGAGGUCUACCGCAGCCACACGAAAUUCAUGAAGAACAAGAUGGAGCAGGUGAAGCAGGACCUCUCGAGGAAGGACACCGAGCUGCUUGGUUUGCAGACCAAGCUGGAGACGCUCACCAACCAGUUCUCUGACAGCAAGCAGCACAUUGAAGUUCUCAAGGAGUCCCUCACUGCCAAGGAGCAGCGAGCUGCCAUUUUACAGACAGAGGUGGAUGCCUUGCGCCUGCGCUUGGAAGAGAAGGAGACAACUCUGAAUAAGAAGAGCAAGCAGAUACAAGAAAUGUCAGAAGAGAAGGGCACGCUCAAUGGGGAGAUCCACGACCUCAAGGACAUGCUGGAGGUUAAGGAGCGCAAAGUCAAUGUGCUCCAGAAAAAGAUUGAGAACCUGCAGGAACAGCUGAGGGACAAAGAGAAGCAGAUGAGCAGUCUGAAGGAGAGAGUAAAGUCUUUGCAGGCGGACACUUCCAACACUGACACAGCUCUCACCACACUGGAGGAGUCUCUUGCAGAAAAAGAGCGCAUCAUCGAGCGUCUAAAAGAGCAGCGAGACAGAGACGAUCGGGAGAGGACGGAGGAGCUUGACUGUAACAGGAAGGAACUGAAGGAGUUGAAGGAGAAACUGAGCUUACUGCAGGGAGACCUGUCAGACAGAGAGACGUCUCUGCUGGACCUGAAGGAGCAUGCAUCAUCCCUGGCCUCCUCUGGGCUGAAGAAGGACUCCAAACUCAAGAGUAUGGAGAUCGCCUUGGAGCAGAAGAGGGAGGAGUUACUCAAAGUGGAGAAUCAGCUUAAGAGAGCUCAAAACGCAGCCCUGGAGGCUCAGGCUAACACUGAGCUGGCCGAACGCAUUAAGAACCUCGAACAGGAAGUGGCCCGCCACAAAGAGGAUUCUGGGAAGGCCCAGGCUGAAGUGGACCGCUUGCUGGAGAUCCUUCGGGAAAUGGAGAAUGAGAAGAAUGACAAGGACAAAAAGAUCAAUGAGCUGGAGAGGCAGAUGAAGGACCAGUCGAAGAAGGUGGCGUCUCUGAAGCACAAGGAGCAGGUGGAGAAGAGCAGGAACGCUCGACUCAUGGAGGAGGCCAGGAAAAGGGAGGACAACAUGUCCGAGAGCUCCCAGCAGGUGAAGGACACUCUGCGUCAGAAGUCAGAGCGUAUAGAGGAGCUGGAGGAGGCCCUGAGAGAGAGUGUUCAGAUCACUGCUGAGCGAGAGAUGGUGCUGGCACAGGAGGAGGCUGCCCGCUCGCUCCAGGAGAAACAGAUGGAGGAGCUGCUGGGGGCCAUGGAGAAAGUUAAGCAGGAGCUGGAGUCCAUGAGGGCCAAGCUGGCCUCCACCCAGCAGUCUCUGUGUGAGAAAGAGGCGCACCUCUCAACCCUGCGAGCUGAGCGUAGGAAACACCUGGAGGAGGUGCUGGAGAUGAAGCAGGAGGCGCUGCUGGCUGCUAUCAGCGAGAAGGACGCUAACAUUGCCCUGCUGGAGCUGUCCUCCUCUAAGAAGAAGAAGACCCAGGACGAGGUGGUUCUGCUGAAGCGGGAGAAGGACAGACUGAUGCAGCAGCUCAAACAGCAGACUCAGAACAGAAUGAAACUGAUGGCAGACAACUACGAGGAUGACCAUCUGAAGACUGCUCCUGACCAGACAAAUCACAAACCCUCUCCAGAUCAGAUGAUACCCCCUCUUCUAGCCCUGUCCCAGAACCGCAGUAAGCUCAAGCUCUACAUCGCCCACUUGACAGACCUCUGCCACGACCGGGACCCCAGCAUCCUCAGCCAGCUCACGCCGCCCUCUCACUACCACCACAGCGACCCCGAAGACUGGGAGGAGGAGCUCCAGAAGAUGAGUGUCGAACAGUUGGAACGAGAGCUGGAGGUGUGUGAGAAGGAGAGCGGAGAGCUGCAGGAGUACGCCAACUCUGUUCUCCAGCAGAUCGCAGAUUACUGCCCCGAUAUCCUGGAGCAAGUUGUCAAUGCCCUGGAGGAAUCAUGCUGACAACUCUGACCUCGGACCCAACCCGGCUGACACCUGGUCGUCACAUAAUCUGUAGCUGAGCACAGGUGCCGCUACCUCCACUCAACGAGGCACCUGGAAGUACAAGCGAAAGCUGGGGCAUUAUUUCCCCCCGCUGAGCUUCUCUUCCUCGCUCCCCUCGUCCACCCUGGAACAAACUACCACGACUCCUAAGUGCUUUCCUGUCUCAUGUGUCUCUAAUGUCAGGCCUGUAAAAUCGAAUUAGGGAUGUUCACAAAGUCGAAAUGUUGUCAAAUAUGGCACUUUGAGCAAAUAUCAGAUUCCACACUGCAAAGCGGGUCCUCUUGUUUUAAUGACAGCUGUGGCCGAUGGUGCAGUCGCAGUGGGAAGAGAACUAAAGUACACACCUAAUUCUAUAUCAGGUAGGCAACAGCUUCCUUGAGGUUCAUAAAAAGUCGAAAGUUCACCCUUAAUUGUCCAGUGUGUAGGAUUUAUGGGGAUAUAUUGGCAGAAAUGGAAUAUAAUAUAAUAAGUAUGCUUUCUUCAGCUUAUAAUGACCUGAAAAUAAGAAUCAUCCUCUUUCAUGGAGAUUGCCAAGUUGCACUAUUUUGUUUCUACAGUAGCCCAAAAUGAACAAACCAAAAGCUGGCUCUAGAUGGGGCCAUUCACAUUUUCACGUCAGCCACCGUAGUUAGCAGCCCCUCAGCAAAGAAAGCAUCGGCAAAACAAUUUUUUUAAAAGGUGAAACCGCUUUAUUCAGUAUUUCUACCAGCUUAAUCUCCUGAUCUGUUUGUUUUGGAGAGGAAGAGACCUCUGCGGUUAAAUCUUCUUCUAGUUAAAACCCCAUGAACAAUGAAGGAAUUAAACCCAGGAGAAGUUUCAGCUGGUUGCAGUCUGCAAUCCUCACCACUAGAUGUCACUAAAUCCCCCCAAAUCUUGCGCACUGUUCCUAUAAGCAUUUGUGAACUCACCAAAAUUCGAUUUUUUGUUUGUAGUAUACUUAAAAAAAUAUUGCACACCUGUAAGUCUGGGACAGGUGCGUUGGGACAGAGAGGAUAUGAGAUGAAAGAAGCAAACUUCCGCACAAAGUCUUGGAGCAUACUGCCAACCUCCCUCUCCCUAGACGUCAUCAUUCACAGCAGGAACUGCUAGAUCAAGCACAGUUACCUCACCCACUUCUAUCUCAGUCUUUUACCCCUUAGAUUCCUCCUGCAUAUCUUUCAAGUCAAAAGGGGUAAACAUAUUCCUUACAUGGGGCAGGAAAGCACUUCAGCCUUAGAGAACUGGGGAGCUGCUACAUCUUGAGGGGAGCAGAGAGAAGCUCAGCUCAGUGGGUAACUCAUGGAGCCAUGUAGAUGCUUAUUUUGUAAUGUAGUCAGUGUUAUCUAACUAGCAGGUUGGAGUCACUAGUUAGAUACACAGCUACUGGUGGCUGAAUAUCUGAACACUUAGGAAAUGCCACUUUUUAACCAAAUAUAAAUGCAGCAUGUUCUCCAAAUGUUUCUCUCCCAGCUCCGAGCUGUGGAUAAUUGUAGCCAGGAUUAAAUUGUAGGUACGUUUUUUUUUUUGUUUGUUUGUUUGUUUGUUUUUUACUGUGUAGUCUGUGGCUGGGUCACUGGCACGAGAGGGGGAUCAAGGCCUGAGCUUUGACGACGAUCAAAGGUCAGCUUUUAGUUACACUAUGUUCUCAAAUACAAACGAGAGAGAGAGGAAACAAAAAAAGAAAAGCUUUUAUUCUCUGAGACGUAUUAAUUUUAAGAUGGUUUUGCACACAAUGUCCACUUGUUUAUGAGGUAUGCAAUGUUUCUUUUGAGAACGUUCUAGUGGCCUUGGAGCAUGCACAGAGAUCAGUACUGGACCUAAUGCAGGGAUAUUUAUUCCUCUGUAAUAUUGGUGCUAAGGCAUGAUGUAAGAACUUCUGAUCUGAUCCACUGAUCAUUCAGUCUCAUCCAAAGUUUCUAUAGAUGUUACUUAAAGCCCACCUGAUCUUUUAGUUCGUCGACUGAAUCACCGAAGAAUACAAACAACGCCCCAUUUUUUUUCCUUGUAUUUUUCAGAUCACUUACAAACAAACGCAAGUGAUGCCUCCUUUAUCGUCUUUUUUGAAAUCUUCAGGGCUGAGGUUUUUAAUUACUAAGUGCAUCUACAUUUGCAGGAAAUGAAAGUCACUUUUCGGCAGAUUUUGACUUUUUAGAUCAGUUUGUAAAUAACGUGAUAUUUAACACGUACAGUGACUGAUUAAAGGUAAUUAAGUGGAAGGUGUCGUGAAUUCUUUAAAAAAAAAAAAAAAAAAAACAACCUGAGAAGUUAAAAGCAGUGCAGUUGUCUUUUGUGUCUAAUUUUGUCCUCGGGGCAAAAUGUGUGUGUGUGACAGUACUGCCAUAACUUGCGGAAAGUCAUGUUCUAUAGAGAUAUAUAUAUAUAUAUAAAUAUAAUACAUAUAUAUAAAAAUGUUUACUGUAUGGAUAUGCAUUGAAUGUUUGCACAGAAUCUCAAAGAGCGAGCUGCUCUGAACAAAAUGAACAUGGAGUUAAGUGUCCUCAGCAGACACUGAGGAAAGAAGUGUCAAAAAAAAUCUUUUGUGUCAAAAUAACGUGAACUACAAAUGUUUUCAAACCGUGACUGUGUGAUGGGAGAGUACUUUUCUUGCAUUUAUUUCUAAUCGUCAUUUUUUAUAUAUUUUCACCGCACGGUGAUGUAAAUGUAUUAUCCUGAGAUUCCAGUGUUGUCGUCUUUUCUUCUUACCUGUUAAGUCAACGGUUUUUUGUUGGUUGAUGUCAAAGGCAGACUGCGCCUGAUGGAUAAAAAUAAGUCUCCAACCGUCACGGCCCUCCUGCUGUUAUACGAGGAACAUAACGUUACAAAACAAAACUGCAUCUGGAAGUUUUCUAACAAACUUCCUGUGUAUGGUCACAGACUCAUUUGAGUGGACUAACAGUGUGUCUCACUGAAAACAAAACACAUCCACUGGUUUCGCAGGAUGUUAGUUGGAUGCUUGUUUUUGUACCUCUUGUCUGUCAAACCUCUCGGAGCGGAAGUUAAUUCCUCUCCGUCCCUUUUUAACCCCUCACCUUUCACCACUGGGUUCAGAGAGAAGAAGAGAGCAUUUUUUAAGGUGUUUAAUACCCCUUACUUUGGCCUGUGUGUCCCCGCCCUUGCCUUAAUGUCUUGUCAUCUCUUUUUCUCGACUCUUUAUUGAGGAACACAGAGCUGAUUAAGGGGCUUCUGUCACAUUCAUGGUAUCUGUUCCUUUUCUUUUGCAUUUGUAUAAGAAAUGUACUGCCUUCUGUCUGUUCGUGUUAAGAAUCAAAACUGUGUAAAAAGAAAGCAAAACAGACAUGUUUGUGAGUUAUUUGGAUUUUGUAUGUAUGUAAAUAAAUAAAUUA